AUGGCAUUCAAGAGUUCAAGGUCUAUGGUAGGCAGAGCGUUUUUCUUGUAUUCAUCUGGCGGCAAUUUCAAUUACUUCCUCGACAGAGACGUUGUGAGUGCCAAAGGUAACGAGACAAAAAUUCUGCGCGCUCGUUUGAACUGGCAAGAGGCGGCAAGGCAAGGUCAUGAGGGAUACAACAAUGAUCUCAGACUCAUGGUACGACCGUGGGGAUUUGACUUGGAAAACAUGGAUGCCAAUUCUAUAAGAUGGUAUCAUGGGACUAUAGACACCAAUGUAUCACACGACGCCGCGAGAAAGACUGCAGAGAUUGCUAAUCGCUACAAGCGCAACAUUGACUUCAGAGCAUAUGAUGGCUUAGAUCAUGGGACCAUCCAAAGCGAAAAGAUUUGCGAGUGUUUAAACUGGAUGUUGAAGUAA